UCCAUGGAGAGAGGCUGAGGUGGCCGAGUUCCGGCCCGAGGUAUCGGGGCGCCGGGAGGGCGAGGAUGUCGGCUUCGUUAGUCCGGGCCACUGUCCGGGCUGUGAGCAAGAGGAAGUUGCAGCCCACCCGGGCCGCCCUCACCCUGCAAAAAAUGAAAAUUGCCUGGGGGAAUGACUAAGGAAAUGCAGUAUUGAGGAUGGAAAGUUUCUGCUACAAGGAAUAGAAACGCUAUGGCAUUGGAUAAAGUAAAAACACCUUCAGCAGUAAACAAGAUAAAACAGCUUCUUAAAGAUAAGCCUGAACACGUUGGUGUGAAAGUUGGUGUCCGAACCAGGGGUUGUAAUGGCCUUUCCUACACUCUGGAAUAUACAAAGACAAAAGGAGACUCUGAUGAAGAAGUUGUUCAAGAUGGAGUCAGAGUGUUCAUCGAGAAGAAAGCACAGCUAACACUUUUAGGAACAGAAAUGGACUAUGUUGAAGACAAAUUAUCCAGUGAGUUUGUGUUCAAUAACCCAAACAUCAAAGGAACAUGUGGCUGUGGAGAAAGCUUUAAUAUUUGACUCCUCAGGACUGCUCAGGCUGUAGGCCCCAGGAGAGCUGUGGAAGCUCUAUGGCUUAUUGAAGAAGUCAUAGGACUGUCGCAUGCUUAAGGUUUGUAACAUAUGGCUGCCUUACAAGGAAAAUAAAGUGAUGCAUUUGAAAAUGAA